AUGCUUUGGGCGCCAUACGCAACCACCAGCAGUAACUGGAUAGCAAACAAGGUGUUACAGGGGGCCAUCGGUGCUCCAAUCGAGUCACUUUGUGAAAUAUCCAUCGCCGAUGUAUGGUUUACGCACGAGAGGGGCACAUACAUGGGAUUUUAUGCUCUUUUUCUUGUCGGAAGCAACUUCUUGGCGCCUGUCAUCGCUGGUUUCAUCAACGAUGGUAAAGGAUGGGAAUGGGUUCUUUACUGGUGCGCUAUAUUUUGUGGCGCUGGGUUCAUCAUCUGCUUUUUCUUGAUGGAAGAGACCAAUUACCAACGCUUGGACGUGUUGACCGCCGAGCCGUACCAAGUAGACGACACACCGUCGUCACUUGAGAAAGGGUCAAAGGACGCUUCUGACUCGGACAAGGUAGCCCCAGUUCUUAGCGUGCCAGGUCCAGACACGAACCCGGCGUCGAAAAAAACUUAUCUGGGCAAGAUCAAGAUGUUCCGACAUAGCGAUAUCAACCACGAAGCUUCACUGGUAGAGAUGGUGAUUCGGCCCUUCCUUUACUUCUCGUUUCCGUCUAUUGUCUUCUCUGGAUUCAUGUACGGGUCUGUCGUUUGUUAUUUCAACGUCUUGAACGGUACCGCAUCCCUCAUCCUUUCUAGCUCACCAUACAACUUCCGAGCAAGCAUCGUUGGGCUUUCGUAUAUAUCCUGCCUGAUAGGUGUCGGCAUAGGUACAGUGUACUCUGGCCUCUUUGGGGACAGAUUUGUUAUCUGGAAGGCCCGUCGGAACAAAGGCAUCAUGGAGCCCGAAUUCCGGCUCUGGCUCUUCACUACCCUAUUGGUAUGUAUUCCAGGAGCACUUCUUCUAUGGGGUGUUGGCGCCGCCCAUGAAGUUCCUUGGUUUGGUCUUGUGUUCGCCAUGGGUGUCUUUGGGGCUGCUAUCACAGCUGGUAGCCAGCUCUCUAUCAGCUAUUGUAUCGACUGUUAUAAGGCGCUCGGCGAGGACGCAAUUGUUACGGUCAUCCUCAUCAGAAACACAAUGAGUUUUGCCGUAAGCUACGGGUGA